AUGCCACUAACAAGAAGCAUGAAGAAACAAGAUAACGCGCCCGUCGAAGUACACGUGUUCGAUCACACGCCAGCGUCGCCUUCCGCCAACGCCGCGUCUCGUGCCGGCACCGGUGCCGUGCCCGCGCCCGUAUUUACGUACAAUACCGACUUUGUCCCGCAGCCGACGGAGGCGAGUUCAACUGCGCCGCGAACCGACGCGCUCGCCAUGACUGAAAAUCCGUCGAGUAUUGGUUGGCAAAAUAAUUUAGAUUUAUUACAUUUCACUACAAAGAUCGAGCAUAACGUGACUCAUGUCACUAAGCGCGUUAUUUUAUCUGUUAUUUCUCAGGUUUACGAUCCUUUAGGAUUGCUAGCACCUUCAAUUAUAAUAGCAAAAAUACUUUUACAAAAAUUGUGGCUUUGUAAAUUAAGUUGGGAUGAGCCUGUACCUAACAAUAUUCUGUUAAUAUGGCAACGUUUUAUUCAAACGCUUCAAUAUUUACAAAAUAUAAAAAUUCCUCGCCAUGUAAGAGGAUUAGAUGUAACAUACACAGAUUUACAUAUAUUCACAGAUGCGUCACAAGAUGCAUACGGUGCAUGCGCAUACAUUAGCACGUAUAGCGACAAUAUACCGGUGACAGUAAGAUUGCUUUGUGCGAAGAGUAAGGUAGCACCAAUUAAACCAGUUACUAUCCCGCGACUUGAGUUAUGCGGCGCUUUAGUUGGUGCCAAGUUAUACCAAAAAGACCUACUUCCUCUCACACCAGCCCAUUUCCUGAUUGGCCGACCGCUCGUUGCACCUGCAAGCGAAGAUCUCACAGCUGCAAACACUUCACGCCUGGUCCGAUACGAGCGCAUCGAGCAACUACGACAGAACUUCUGGAAACGCUGGUCGCAGGAGUACAUUGCUGAGCUCCAGACUAGGACUAAAUGGCAGAACAACACCGACACCAUAGUACCCAACACUUUGGUACUCAUCAAAGAUGAAAAUGCGCCACCACUCAAAUGGCGCCUUGGACGAGUCAUACGCACUUUCCCUGGAAAGGAUGGACUGGCACGCAUAGCUGACAUUCGAACAGCUAACGGAGUGAUACAAAGAUCGUACCCCAGGAUAUGUCCACUUUUUAAGGAGGAGUAUGAAUCAUAACUUCUCAUUCUUCUUCUUUCAUCAUCGUUGGAGGCAUUUGCUCCAAGGCGGGGGGCAUGUCUACGCAUCACUCGUGACUAACUUCAGGGAUCAUAUACGGCCAUCCUAUUCGUCGGCGCGCAUCGAUGUUUAUGCAUUAACACC